AUGGACUCGGAAGGCAACAUGGGGGAUCCUCCGGGGCCCUCCGGACCUCCGACAUUUGACAGCGGUUCAUCUGUUACUCCGAAAGAUGGGUCCCUCAUGAAUAAUGGCACUGCACACAGGCCUGUCUAUACAGAGGAGGGGGUGGUGCAGAUGGUGUUCGUGCUGAACUCGCCCUCAACUUCAGUUCAGGGGGAGUCCUCAACCGCAGCUGCAAACAAGUACCUCACGGAGUUCCAGCGCGAUCCCAGUGCAUGGGGCAUUUGCAUCUCCAUUCUUAACAAACACAGUCAACUUCAGCAACAGCGACAACAGCACCAACAGGAGCAGCCGUCAGUGUCAUCUAGCUGUCAUUCCCCAGAGGUUCUGCACUUUGCAGCUCAGACUCUCGCCGCUCAGGCUCGCGCAGGUUUCCCACAGCAGCUAUCUGCGCUAUUGUCUACGCAUGGGUCUUCUGCCGCUGCAUCUUCGUCCGUCUUUUGCGGCUCAGUGGAGUCGGCAUCUCAGGUGUAUGCCGAGCUUAGAGACGGUUUACUGCAGCUAGUGUUUGCUUUUAGAGAUGCGCCGUUGCCGGUUCUGCGUCAGCUGUGUGUAGCUCUCUCUUCUGCGCUCAUAUUCGGGGCUUCUGCCGGCGAUAGUGCUCCGGGAAGUGAACGGGGUCUUCAGCUGAACCCCGUUCUGCAAAUGCUGGGACGUAGCGCGGGGACUGAGGGCUUCCUGCCUCUACUAGAGCUGCUGGUCUUUCUUCCCGAGGAGUUAUGCACAAAAAGGAUCGCCUUGCCAGAGGAUCGUCGGUUGCCUUACCUAGCCUGCUGCAUUAGCAAAAACUCUGCUCAAGUUUUAGACGCCGUAGAGGCCAUAUUUGUGCAUGCGCAGGCAGCGCAUGAUAGGUCAGGGCCUGAAGAGAGGUCGCAUUGGCGGGCAGUACUGCAUGGAGCUGUGAGAACUGUUCAAUCAUGGCUCUCGGCAACGUGCUGCUGGGUGCAGCAAGUGGUGACAGAGCAGAGGGGCCAACAGCACUUAGAGCAGCAGCAGGGACUCUGGGGCCCAGCUGCCGCUUUAGAAGCCUUGACACUCGGCUUGCAGCGCGUUUACAGAGGCAGCAUCUUUGCUGCUCUUCUACGUGGGGUGAUCUCGGAUGACGUAGACACUUUGCAGCUAUCUACAGAGUGCGUAGUGACUCUAAUUGCUGCGGCUUCUAUGCUGGAGGACUCAACAGCAGCAGCAGCAGCAGCAAGCGGCAACAGAGAGCCUGCAGGUGCAGAUGGCCCCGCACAGCGAACAACCGCGGUAGACGGGGCGGAGGGAGGAAGCGGCGGUGAGGCGACAGUUAGCAGAACUCUGAUUGCUGCUAUUGUCAGGGCCUACGGCAACGGCUGCUCCGCGGCACUAGCUGCAGCAAGAGGCCAACCGCGUGGCAUCGCUGCAUUUGACAUAGAAAGACUGCAAGUAUUCGCACUGGGCUUGACGGAGUUGGCGAAGUCGCAGAUUCCUCGCCUGCUAGUAGACUUGGCGGAGGCAGAAGCACGCCUGACGGAGGGUGUUUUCAGCUCCAGCAGCAGCAACAACAGUGGUAGCAACAACAGCGGGAGUGCUAACGAGGAGGCCGCUGUUGCGCUGGAGCCCGCGGUGGAGACGAUUUGUGAGCUCUCAAAGGCCCUGCUGGAGCAUCCCUCAUACGAAGUCAAAGAUCUCGGUGUCUCCUUUUUCCGCAAUCUCCUCAACCACGUACUGGUACUGGUAGAAGAAGAACGACGGCUUAGUGCGUGGCGGGACCAUCUUCGUGGCGAAGCAGCAGCCGCAGCCGCUGCCGAUGCUGAUGCUGCUGCAGGCCGCAGUCUUGGAGCAGUAGCAGUCCCAACAGGCGACCCCGCUAGUGCACUAAUUGAAGUAGAAAAGAGGUACGAACGCAACAUGGACGCCCUAGCCCUCCGAGAGCCCUUGCUCUCUCGGAUUUUCCAGCCGUUUGCUGAAGCAGCAGUGCGGCAGCUAAGGCCGCCUCUGGGGUCAUUAUUAAGGGAAGAACUCGAGUUCGAUACAUGGCAAGGCUUCAGAUCAGAGGUCGCCGCCACAGUUACAGAGGCCGCUGUGUUGCUGGACAUUGAUAAACCCUGCAGCGCAACAUCAGCGCAGCUCCUGGCGCUACUCAGAGACUCGCAGGCAAGGGGGAACAAGGCGUUCAUAUCUCGGCGUUUUACUGCGUCAGGGUUUGAGGGUUUGCUGGAGAUAGAAGCUCGACUUUUUUUUGUCUCAACAAUUGCCAACCGCAUUCGGCUGGCAGUUCCUGCUGGAGGGGACACGGGAGACAGCAGCGCGGGAAGCCAAGCGGGGCCCUGCACGGACCCAAGACGUGACAGUUUUGUCCUGCAACUACUGCAGCUUCUGCCGCAGCUGGCUUUCCCCGCCUCCCCACGGGACUCAGCCGCCCCUUCUGUAGACAUAACCGAAGCGGAGGCUCUCACUCUUUUCCUACUUGCAGCUAUUGCGAGGGCGAUCUCUUGGCUUUCUAAUCGUAUUGUACCGCAGCAUCCUGAAAUGUUUUCGCCUCUCUUUUCUCUCCUCUUUUCUCAGGGUUUACAGUUUGUCGCCUCACUGCCGGAAGCACCAAAGGAUUCGAACGUGGCUCUGCUGCGUCAGUCUACCGAGGCCCUGUUGGUAGAGGGCAUUUCAUCACUUGUUGCUGCUGCUGCUGACUUCAUUCCUUCCCCAGGAAGGGAAGAGGACGUGCAUGCGCUUCUUAACGCUCUCAUCGGCGCUUUCUCCAGACCCGGACUCAGUCUUGACAAUAGUUCAUUGCUCGUCCACACAGCAGGCUAUGUCAUCUCUUGUCUUGACGCUCCCCGCAUUCGUCAGCUUUUUGCUCAGCUCUUACAGUCACUCGGUGGGGAGCUAGAGCGGUCCCUUUCCGAUCCUCGGUGUCCAAGCGGCACCCUUAAGCGAACUAUGGCGCUAUUUUUCUCGGCUAUUCAAUCUGUUCAGCCCGCAGAGGACUACGCCCCUCCUCCCCCAUCGCAAGCUUUUGAGCCUCUUAGCCCGCGGAGCCCUUACCGGCACCCUGUUUUGGAUGCUGUAGAUGGAAACUGGCCGGUCAUACAGAAGGCUAUGUUGGAUGGCCCUCGCACUGAAUUCCUUUACGAGGUCUCCUGUUACGCACUUGUGGCUCUGUGUGCAAACUGCAGGGCCCACAUACCUCGCUACCGGAUAUUUUAUUCAUUUCUACAUGCACUCUCCCGCACAUUCGCGGAGUCACCCACUGUGUACCACUUGGGCGCCCUGCGGUCUCUACAGGGCAUCUUCUCAAACGCCCAAGAAGACUGCGUCCGCCGAGCUGUCGCUGCGGCGCUGGAAGGGUGCGUGGGGUUUAUCCUAGAGAAGAUUAAGACGUUGGGUGAAAAUUACAUGUACAGCCAGCCAGACCUUGUAGGCAUUUCGGUCGACUGCGUCAACGUGGCGCUGCUCCAUCCCCUCAGCGCCCAGGUGAUUCUCUCGUCGAAUUGGUUCGAGACCCUCUGCGUAGUCGCCAUUAAGUAUACCCCCACGUGCCAUCACCCCAAGGUGCUGCACACCUUUAUGGUUUUCCUAUCACGUAUUGCUGCGUGGGUCGACCCUCCCUCCAUCCUUCACAGCUACCAGAUUGGGGAGCCAAUCCCAUGGCUGAGUCAGGUAGCGGAGGAGACGUCGACCGCGGUCUUAUCUCUUCUGACACGGCCAUUCCCUCCAAACAACACGGCACCCUUAUUGUUGCAGCUACGACAGCAAGAUACGUUCCUGUCGAAGGCCCUUGCUGCGAUUAUUCUGGCACUCACCAGCGUGCAUGCAGCCCCACAGUCCUGGAUAGGCAAUGCAGCGCAGGCCCUCCUUCCUCUACUCAGGCACACCGUGCUGGAGGGGCCUACUAAGUUGGCGCUUGAGAACGCAGUGCAAGCACUAGACAGCAACAUAAUGGACGAGCAGCGCAAGAGGGACUUUUGCCGGCGCUGUUCGGGUGCGCUUUCGGUGCGGGAUAUGUGCCUGCUGCUGCAGCAGACGGCGGACGACACCAAAGCCUCAUACGUUCGCAACAGCUUUGCUUCCAGGGGAUCGGCGAGGGCCCUCUGA